AUGUUAGUCUUCGCCGGAAUCACCGUCGUUUCCUCCAUCCUCCUCUGCGAUUGCUACAUGUCGCCGGAUUCCGACUUUGGUCCUCUCCGGCAUCCUUCCUACACGGAAGCUGUCAACUUCUACUUAGGCAAAAGGAAGGAAAGAAUAUGCAAAUUUUUUGUGUUGCAAGGCUUAGUUGGAGCUGGGGUGGCCUACACCAUCACAACAAGUAAAAGUAUCAGUGCUAUACAAAAAGCAAACUGCUAUCACAGAAAAGGGCACAAUGCCAAUUGCAGCCAUGAUAAUUCAAAGCACUACAUGCUACUCUUUGGGGCAGUCCAGAUUGUUAUGUCUCAAAUCCCAGAUUUCCAUAACAUGACUUGGCUUUCUAUCAUUGCGGCUGUUAUGUCUUUCUCCUAUGCCUUCAUUGGUUUAGGACUUGGCCUCGCCAAAGUUAUAGAGAAUGGGAAGGUGUUGGGCAGCAUGACUGGUAUCCCAACAGCCAGUAAAACAGAUAAGAUAUGGUUAAUUUGCCAGGCACUUGGAGAUAUAGCAUUUGCAUAUCCCUAUUCUGUAAUCCUUCUUGAAAUUCAGGAUACAUUGAAGUCACCUCCAUCAGAAUCCGUAACCAUGAAGAAAUCUUCAAUCGCUUCAAUCAUGAUUACAACAUUCUUCUACCUCUGCUGUGGAUGUUUUGGAUAUGCAGCCUUUGGUGACCAAACUCCAGGAAAUCUCCUCACUGGAUUUGGCUUCUAUGAGCCAUAUUGGCUCCUCGACUUUGCUAAUGCUUGCAUUAUUUUGCACCUUGUCGGGGGAUAUCAGGUGUACAGCCAACCAGCGUUUGCAAUGGUGGAGCAAUGGUUCAAUUCAAACUACCCAAACAGCCAAUUUGAUAGGAAUUUCGAAGUGAAGCUGCCAAUGUUACCUAGAUUCGAGGUGAAUAUGUUCAGGCUAUGGUUCAGAAGUGCAUAUGUGUUGUCCAUAACUGGAAUCUCUAUGCUAUUCCCUUACUUCAAUCAAGUACUAGGAUUGUUGGGAGGCUCAAGUUUUUGGGUUAUUGGGGCAUAUUUCCCCGUGGAAAUGUUCAUCAAGCACAAAAAGAUUGGUGUUUGGACCAGGACAUGGAUUCUUCUUUGGAUUUUUAGCAUCAUUUGCUUGGUUCUUUCUGUGGCCAGCUUCAUUGGGUCAGUUCAAGGAUUCAUCAAUGCCAGACUUAGAUGA